CCCCUAGUCUGUGGCUGCCUGUGACUGAUGUGGAUUUCUGCGUGGAAGUUUUAAAUUUUAAAAUAAAGGCGAUAUUUCAUCAUGUCGCUAAAAGUUGAUCGGGUUCCUGAAUAUAUAAAUUUUCCAAAAGAGGAAGAACAAGUUUUAGCAUUUUGGAAAAAAAUUGAUGCUUUCCAGACAUGUCUAAAGCAAUCAAAAAAUAAACCAAGAUAUUCCUUCUAUGAUGGGCCACCAUUUGCGACUGGGCUGCCUCAUUAUGGUCACAUCUUGGCUGGAACAAUCAAAGAUGUAGUCACACGAUAUGCCCAUCAAAAGGGUUAUCAUGUGGAAAGAAGAUUUGGUUGGGAUUGUCAUGGCCUGCCAGUCGAAUUUGAAAUUGAUAAAAGUCUAGGAAUAAAAGGACCAGAAGAUGUAGAGAAAAUGGGUAUAGACAAAUAUAAUGCUGAAUGUCGAAAAAUUGUUAUGAAGUAUGCAGAUGAGUGGGAGACUAUUAUUACACGCAUGGGGAGAUGGAUAGAUUUUAAAAAUGAUUAUAAGACUUUAUACCCAUGGUUCAUGGAAUCAGUUUGGUGGGUGUUCAAAGAACUCUACAACAAAGGUUUGGUCUAUCAAGGAGUUAAGGUAAUGCCUUAUUCCACUACAUGUUCUACCCCCCUGUCGAACUUUGAGGCUGGACAGAACUAUAAAGAUGUUGUGGAUCCGGCUGUUGUGAUCUCGUUUCCUACUGCAGAGGGAUUUUCUCUCCUCGCUUGGACCACCACUCCUUGGACUCUUCCUAGCAAUGUAGCUCUUUGUGUUAAUCCUAAAUUAACUUAUCUAAAAGUCAAAGAAAAAGCAACGGGAACUUGCUACGUCUUACAAGAGGAUAGAUUUCCUGUUGUCUUCAAAAAUGUUGAGGAUUUUGAAGUGCUUGAUAAAUUCUUAGGUGAAAAACUAAAAGGGAUAAAAUACACCCCUAUCUUUGAUUACUUUGUGGAUAAAUGCCCCAAUGGUUAUCAAGUGUUAACUGAUGGGUAUGUCACCAAUGAUUCAGGUACAGGUGUUGUUCAUCAGGCACCAUAUUUUGGUGAAGACGAUUACAGAGUUUGUUUGGCGGCUGGUAUUGUAACGAGAGACCAAGAUAUCAUAUGCCCGGUUGAUGCCAGUGGCAGAUUUGUAGCACCUGUAAAAGAUUUUGAGGGACAGUAUGUUAAAGAUGCAGAUAAAAAUAUUAUUACGAACAUCAAAGCUCGGAAUAGACUCAUACAAGCUGGACAAGUGAAGCACAGUUACCCAUAUUGUUGGCGUUCAGAGACCCCUCUCAUUUACAAGGCGGUGCCUUCUUGGUUCGUUAGAGUGGAACAAAUGAGCCAAAACCUCUUAAAAUCCAGUGAAGAAACAUAUUGGGUGCCUGAAUAUGUCAAAGAAAAACGGUUUGGGAAUUGGCUAAAAGAAGCUAGAGACUGGGCCAUAAGUAGAAAUAGAUAUUGGGGAACACCUAUCCCUCUGUGGAUAUCUCCCGACAAGCAAGAAGUAAUAUGUGUGGGCAGCAUUGCAGAGCUCAGUGCUUUGACUGGUAAAGAGAUUACAGACCUCCAUAGAGAGAGCAUUGAUCAUUUAGAAAUUCCAUCUGCAAGACCUGGCCAGCCACCACUCAAGCGAGUGCCAGAGGUGUUUGACUGUUGGUUUGAAUCAGGAUCUAUGCCCUAUGCCCAGUGUCACUAUCCUUUUGAAAACAAAAAAGAAUUUGAUGAUAUUUUCCCUGCAAACUUCAUUGCAGAAGGUAUAGACCAAACGAGAGGCUGGUUUUACACUCUGAUUGUACUGUCCACCGCUUUGUUUAACAAACCCCCAUUUAAGAAUUUGAUUGCUAAUGGUUUGAUCUUGGCAUCUGAUGGACAAAAAAUGUCAAAGAGGAAGAAGAAUUAUCCAGAUCCCUUAGAAGUUGUAUCAAAGUAUGGUGCUGAUGCAUUGAGACUUUAUCUCGUAAAUUCGCCAGUUGUGAAAGCCGAGAACCUUCGUUUCAAAGAGGAAGGUGUUAGAGAUGUCAUCAAGGAUGUAUUCUUGCCAUGGUACAAUGCAUUUAGAUUUUUAAUGCAAAAUGUUGAAAGGAUUGUUCAAGAAGACAAAGUUGACUACAGAUUUAAUGAAAAUGCAGUUAGAGAAAAUGUAAUGGACAAAUGGAUAACUUCGUUUACGCAAUCUUUGAUUCAAUUUGUGAUGACAGAAAUGGCUGCCUACAGGCUUUAUACUGUUGUACCGAGACUGACAAAAUUCAUCGACCACCUUACCAACUGGUACGUCCGAAUGAAUAGAAAGAGGCUAAAGGGUGAGAAUGGGAUCAAGGACUGUCAAGUGGCAUUGGAUACCUUGUGCGGUGUUCUGUUUGAUAUGGUGAGAGUGAUGGCUCCAUUUACUCCAUACUUGACAGAGCUCAUGUACAAGACUUUACGCCAACUGUUACCUGGAAGCUCCAUGGAAAGCGUUCAUUUUAACAUGAUACCAGAGCCAAAAUUGAAUUUCGUAGAUAUGAAUAUCGAAAGAGCAGUACAAAGAAUGCAAUCUGUGAUUGAACUCGGGCGAGUUUUGAGAGACAGAAAAACAAUUCCAAUCAAAUACCCUCUACCUGAAAUGGUUGUAAUACAUCAGGAUCAAACUUAUUUGGAUGAUAUUAACACCUUGUUGAACUAUGUUUUGGAAGAAAUUAACAUAAAGAAAGUGGAACUUUCGAGUGACAAAGAAAAAUAUGGUAUAACAUUAAGAGUAGAGCCAGACCAUAAAAUACUUGGUGCUCGACUGAAAGGCGAUUUUAAAGCUGUAACACAAGCUUUAAAAGACCUCAACAAUGAGCAAUGUGAAAAAUUUGUUGCCGACGGUUUCGUUGAACUCAUGGGCCAGCGUGUCGACCUCUCUGAAGUGAGAGUUAUAUUUCAAGCUCAAGGCAACGAUCAAUACGAGGCUCACAGUGACAAUGACGUGUUGAUCUUAUUAAAUGUUACGCCCGAUCAGAGCAUGCUUGACGAAGGAUUUGCCAGAGAAAUCAUAAACAGGUUACAGAAGCUCAGGAAAAAAGCGCAUUUGGUACCAACCGAUGAGGUUGACGUCUAUUUCUCAGUUAACAAGGAAAGUGACAUUUUGCGUAUAAUAAACUCACAUCGCGAUCUCAUCGAAAGUACGGUUAAAGCGCCUUUGAAAUUUAUCGAUGAACUGUCGCCUUCCAAACCGCUUAUAAUUCAAGAAACUCAGGACCUGAAAGGUUCACAGCUGAAGUUGGUUAUUACUUGGCGAAAGGAGGUAGAACUACCUUCGAAUCCUUGGGCUAAUAUCAUUUUACAAAAUAUUACACCGCGGUUUGGUGUAAAUACAAAUCAAGGAAGCAUCAUUCUUAAAAGUAAAGAUAAGAAUAUAAACCUGGACAGUUUGUAUAGGGAGGUGGAAAUUUUAUUUGGCCUGUAUGGAAUGAAGUUUACAUUGUGGUGUGAUGGGGUUGAAGUAAAGGAGACUGUUGAUUUAAAUACAAAGAGCAUUGUAGUUUCGCCCACAAAACCUAAAGACGUUGAAUCACAGAGUAGUCCUUUUUGUAAGUUCGUAAAUAUUGCUAAUGGUUCAAAGUCUGCUACCCUCUUUGUAGAGAAUCCACGAGGUAAUACAACAUUAAAUGAGAAGAAAGCUGUGCAGUCUCUAUUGGAUAAUUUAGGAAUAAAAUUGACUGAUAAAGAUAUGAAGAUCUUCAACUGAGUAAUUUGUUUAUUUUAGUCCCAUCAUAAAGUGAAGUACCUCUUCUUGUAGUAAAGUAGAUAUCCAAACUUCCUCACUAGUUUUUGCUCUAACAAAAUAGGUACUUACAUUUGAUCUAUAAUUGUGUAGCUAAGUCCUCUCGGUUCGUCAAGAGGUUCGUAAAUCGUCAAGUCAAACAGCGUUUACGUGUUCGAAUUUACGCAGAAAAUAACAUUCAUACCGCAAACAGCGUUCUGGUACAACACACGGCGCAAAUAUUUAUUGGUGUAGAGGCAAUAUUGAGCAUAAAAAUCUUAGUUGAAAAUUGUUUUAUUUAUUUACCGAUGUAAGAAGCUUGGCUGAAGAUGUAUAAAACUUAGGGUCGAUUCACAUUGACAGAGUCGAAGCGAAUGGUAUGUAGCGACAAUUUAAAAUUUGCAUAUUGAGCUCCACAACAUAGUGCACUUCACACUUACUUCUACCGAGAAAAGAAGUAGGCAAAUUCGGUCGAAUAUACGCAUCAUUUUUUUGAGAGCGAUUGCUACCCCUCGCUUUACGUCAUAAAUGUCUAUGCUAUUUAGAAGCUAAUUUACUUUUUAGCAAAAUCUUAAUACGCGCGUAUUCGCUGUAACUGUGAAGAAUAGAAACUUCGCUUCGACAGUGUCAGUCUGAAUCAACCUUUACUUUCACUAGUCAAAGAACUUGAGACUAAAUACAAGUAAACUACAGUAUUGUAGCAUCUGUAAAUUGGACUUGUGAAUUUAUUAUAAUAAAUAAUGUUUUCAUACUCUA